AUGUCUGGGAGUCAUAUACCUUUUGAAAUCCAAGAGGAAAUCAUCAAAAGGAUGCCUGUCAGAUCGUUGAUCCGAUUCACAUCGGUUUCAAAAACAUGGAAGUCUCUCAUUCAUAGCUCCAAGUUUAUUGCUGAUCACAGCCUCAUUCAGCCGCACAAUUUACUUGUAAGUUAUUAUGAUAGAAAAAUUUCUAGUGAGAAGUAUGUAUCGAUUGUUGAUGACGAGACUUUCCCCCAACACAAGUCUUCCCUGCCCAUUCCCUUAUCAACGGUUGUGAUUUGGAAUCCUUCUAUUAGAAGAUCGGUUGAUCCUAUUGUUGUGCCUUAUCGCAAAGCCUGUGGGCACAGAUCAAGGCAACCAUGCAUCCCGUGGCAAGUUGAGAUUUUCACAUUAAGCUCACGGGUUUGGAGAAGUCCAUUAUGUGGUGCUAACAAUUUACCUCGUACAUCAAUCUUAUUUACGGAUAAACAAGUAGUUGUGGAUGGGAUCAUGUAUUGGCUUGCUUACGAUAAGACUGCUAUGCAGAAAACAUAUCGUUUGAUUAUUCCGUUUGAUUUGACGAGUGAAGAAUUUGGAGAAGUAUACCUCCCAGAUAGUUUAGCAACCGACGAUUACCAUGCUUUGUCCGUCUCCAAGCUAAAUGAGUCUCUUCUUGUGCUUAAGAUGAUCAAUAAAGACCAUCGGAUGCGAGUUUGCGAUAAUGGUGAACCUAUAAUAGAAAAAGGUGAUUAUAAACUCUCUACUGAACACAUCAAUGAUCUUGGGAUUGAUGGAGUUUGUGGUUCAAUAUUUGUGAACACCUACACGGAAACAUUACUACUUUUGCUUAAUAAGUCAAAAUCCAUUAUUCGUUUUUAA